GGGAAUAUUAUCUACAUUAUUUGAAUAUUGUUGUUGUAAAAUUCUAUGUCUCAACAAAAUAGUAGACACCUCUUCAAAACUACUACCCAAAAGCAGAAAAUCAUAAGUUCUCAUUGGCUAAGCGGUGGUGGUCCAUCGCCGAAAUCGCUCGUAGCCUGUGGUGGGCUUCCUUUGGUCGCUGGAUAACAGUAGUAGUUAGCUAGCCAUCAUUAUUCAUUACUCAUUCAUUAAUACUACUACUUACUAUUAUUGCUACGCAUUUUCAAUCCUUCCUUUGCCUUUCUUUUUUAUUUUCUUUUCUUUAUCUCUCUAGUUCUCGGAGACCGCAGUCCAUUCUAGUCGUUCGUUUUUGAUUCAAAUCUAGUCGGUCUUAUUCUUCAGUUUUCUUCCCUGUGCCACAAUGCUCCAGGCUCUUGGAGGACCCGUUCCUCCAAACACCGACCAUAAAAAAAAGGCAGUGAGUGUAUCGCUUCCAACAUGGAAAGCAAUUGUUGGUUAUGAAGAGGGAGAUGACUGGGUCAUGAACCGAAUGCUAUGCGGAUAUCCCAGAUUUUUCGUGCAUCCGAUCAUCCAAAAACUCGCCCAGGAGAUUGUGCGCCGUCAUGGAGAUUCAGAGAGUGAAUCCGCCAUGGUGUUUCCAUCUAGAAAAACCGCCCUUGUCUGUCACUCUUUCUUCCUCUCGCGGGUACCAAACGACUCGUCCAAAGUUCGGGUUGUAGACUUUGUCCCUUCUUCUCGCACAGAAGCCGAAUCACCAGCAGUCACCUCGCAUCUUUCGUGUGUAAUAUAUCCAAAGGAGCAUGGGCCAAUUGCCAAACAAGUCUGGCAACACUCUGGAAACGGAGUUUCAAGCCGUCGGGCUGAAUUCUGUCUUAGUUCUCUGGAGGACCGUUUUCUUGUUGAAGAAAAGAGAGUUGGAACGGCCGAUGCGGCUUCACAGAGGCCCUGUAAAGGCCCACGGAGAUACCAAGGAAGAGGCUCAUCAAAUGGUUUGACCCGAGGGACUGGGGUACACGGUGUGACCCCUGACCAAUUUUCAGCAGUCAAUGGCGCCCAAGACGGGCAAGAAUAUGGUCAAUUCAUUGAAGAGCGCUUUGGACGAAAUUUGAGCAUCUCAUUGGCUGAUCAGGCAAGAUCAGCCGUUCGGAGGCGCAUAGCAGGCGUUCUGACUGCCGAUGUUGAGCUGAGUGAGGCCCUCGAAAAAGCAUCAGCUGAAGGCAGAGUGGCAGGUUUGACCGAAAGCGAUGUUUAUCUCUUUCCCAGUGGCAUGAGUUCGAUCUUUAAUACCCAUCAGUUAUUAAUGGCAGCUCGAGGUUCUUUGAAGAGUGUUUGUUUCGGGUUUCCUUAUAUCGACACAUUGAAGAUCCUUGAAAAAUGGGGGCCAGGGUGCUUGUUCUACGGACAUGGCUCAUCGGAAGAUUUGGAUGAUUUGGAAUCCCGGUUGAGCAAUGGCGAAAGAUAUCUAGCACUGUUCACCGAACUUCCGGGUAACCCUUUGCUCAAAACACCCAAUCUCAAACGUAUCCGUGCGCUAGCAGAGAGAUAUGAUUUUGCCGUGGUAGUUGAUGAGACUGUGGGUAACUUUUUGAACAUCAACGUGCUUCCGUACGCGGAUAUUGUGGUCAGCAGUUUGACCAAGAUUUUCAGCGGAGAUAGCAAUGUUAUGGGAGGAAGUGCUGUUCUCAAUCCACACGGGCGCUUUUAUCAAACUCUGAAAGAAACAUUUGACCAGGAAUAUGAAGACACUCUUUGGGCAGAAGAUGCGGUCUUUUUGGAGAGGAAUAGCCGCGAUUUCGUGUCCAGAAUUGAGAAGAUCAACAAAACCACUGAAGAUAUCACGGCGAUUUUGAAGGAAUCCCCUCUUGUGAAAGAAGUUUACUAUCCCAAAUACAGCCCUUCGAGACCAUUCUAUGAGGAUUUCCGUACUCCCAAUGGAGGUUACGGGGGUUUGUUCUCUGUGACUUUCAACUCGACAGCAGAUGCAGCAGCUUUUUUUGACGAUUUAGAAGUCCUGAAGGGCCCCAGUCUCGGAACUAAUUUUACUCUGAGUUGUCCAUAUACGAUCUUGGCUCAUUAUGGUGAAUUGGAAUGGGCAAGUUCUUUCGGUAUAGAGAGCAGUUUGGUCAGGAUAAGCGUGGGCUUGGAGGAUAUACCUGACCUCCGCUCUAGGAUUCACCAAGCUCUGGAGGCAGUGGGGAAAAUUAGAGCGUAGGCGGGAUACAUGUCUCGAUUUAUUAUGGACUCUUAAGCUUUUUUUACCCUAUUCUGAACAUAACAUUGCAACAACAAUGAUAUCUGCAGAAUGGAUAUUUAGUGGGUUAUCAAAAUUUACUCAGAGAAAUCUAGAUGGAACAAUAGCUAAGUUAGUCAUUGGAUCAGCAUCUGUUCGGUCACUUCAAAUCAAUUAGUGAAGCAACU